AUGACUCAGAAGCUCAAGAAUAUUGAUCUGAUAAAUUACUGUGAUGCGUUUCCGUAUCCGACCACGGAGCCGGAGGAGUAUGCCACACAGCUGCAGGCUCUGUGGAAGGUGGUUUGUGACGACGCCGAAGGGCCCGUCGAGAUCGGCUACAUGCUCCAGCAUGUCUAUGACAAGUUCGUCCAACUCCCCUCCAGCCUAAGAGGAGAGACCCGAGUGGACGAGACGGCAAAAACCGUUCACAUCCUAGGCGGUCUCAAGACCGAGGCGGAACGGACCAAGAAGGUCGCCGAGAUCACCGCACACUGGAGGGCCACCAAGUCCUUCGACGCUCUUCGUGGUUGGCGCGAUGAGAUUUGGCCAGUCUAUGGGCGAAAAGGAGAGUUGCUCUUCAGUGUCGAAAGAUCCGCGCUGGGGCUCUUCGGGUGCAUGAGGUAUGGUGUGCACAUGACUGCCUAUGUAUCCUCGCCCGAAUCUCCUUACGGCAUCAAGAUCUGGGUCCCCAAGCGGUCUGCGACCAAGCCGACAUAUCCAAGCAUGCUGGACAACACAGUCGCCGGCGGGCUCAUGACAGCCGAGGACCCAUUCGAAUGCGUCAUCAGGGAGGCAGACGAGGAAGCGUCCCUGCCCGACGCCCUGGUGCGGAACCAUACCCAAAAGAUCGGCAUAAUGUCAUACAUCUACAUCACGGAUACGAGAUCGGGAGGCGAGCAGGGUUUGAUUUACCCCGAGGUUCAGUGGAUUUACGACCUAAAGCUACCUGAAGAUGUGAUCCUCGUCCCGAAAGACGGCGAGGCCGAGCGCUUCGACCUCUGCACGGUGGAUCAAGUCAAACAAUUCCUUGCUGAUGGGCUCUUCAAGCCAAACUGCGCCGUUGUCACCAUCGACUUCUUCAUCCGACACGGUAUCCUGACGAGGGAGAACGAGCCAGCCUUUGAUGAGAUUGUGGACAGGCUGCACCGCAUUAUGCCGUUCCCCGGCCCACACCGCGAGCUCGGGCAGCCCGGGCAAUGA